AAUUAAAAAAAACCUGCAGUCAUUUAUAUUAUGACAUAUUGUACAGAUAUCAACGACCAACGUCAUCAACGACAGCAACUCUAAAUUUUUCAUUCAAGGCGAAAUGACGGAGUCUAAUAAUUCUAGAUAAUUAUAUUAAUUCUUUCAAGAAGUUACAUUAUAAAGUGACAGUGAAAAUUUUCAUAUUAUCUUGCUCAUACUUAGUAAAUAUAUUUUUGUAUAAUUUUAGAAUGCAAUGCUCCCUCGCCGUCGAAACGUUGGUGUGUCUGACAGGACGAAUUUGUUACAAGAAGAGGUAAUACCGUACAACAAAUUAAAUAAAAACGGAUCUGUUAUCCAGCAGACGCAUCCACCCAAUUUGGAACAAAAUUUACAAAGAGGUUUUACCGAAACUGAAAUUGCAUUUGAUUUCUUGGAAGAAUUUGUAUUUGAACCUGUAAUGGCAGCCAGAGAUAGGACUCAGGAGUUUGCAUCAACAGUCCGAAGCCUUCAAGGAAGAACUUUGGCUAGACCGAUAGUUAAAGAUGAACGCAAAGCAGCUGUUCUCGCCACAUAUUCACAAUUCAUGAGUAUGGCAAAAGUAAUAAGUAAAAACAUAACUAGUACUUAUGCUAAACUCGAAAAACUUGCAAUGUUGGCAAAAAAGAAGUCUUUGUUUGAUGAUCGACCAAUGGAAAUAUAUGAGCUAACAUAUAUUAUUAAAGGUGAUUUAAGUUCACUCAAUCAGCAGAUUGCUAGGUUGGAUGAAAUGCCGAGAGGUCGAAAAAGUAUGUAUAAUCAUUCAUCCAGUGUUGUGAUAGCUCUACAGUCCAGGCUUGCCUCUAUGAGCAAUCAGUUUAAACAGGUCUUGGAAGUUAGAUCAGAAAAUCUAAAGCAUCAAAAUAAUAGACGUGAACAAUUUUCAAGCUCAGCACCACUUGUCAAAGAAACACCAUCUUUAUUGCAACCUGAUGAAGUCAGCAUAGACUUAGGAGAAACAUCGAGCUUACAAACACAACAAUUAGCAUUAAGAGAUGAUACUGACUCGUAUGUGCAGCAGAGGGCAGAAACUAUGCACAAUAUUGAGAGCACAAUUGUAGAAUUAGGAGGUAUCUUUCAACAAUUGGCUCACAUGGUCAAAGAACAGGAUGAAGCUAUUGGGAGAAUUGAUGCAAACAUUCAUGAAGCUGAAAUGAAUGUAGAGGCAGGUCACAGAGAAAUAAUGAAGUACUUCCAAAAUAUAACUGGCAAUCGAGCACUCAUGUUUAAGAUCUUCGGAGUGUUAAUAUUUUUCUUUAUAUUUUUUGUUGUAUUUAUGGCAUAGAAUCCACUUAAACACAUUCAGUUAUCUGUUGAAUGAGAAUAUAUUUAUCUAAUAAACUUUAGAAAAGUGUUUGGUAUAAAAUAGAUAUAAAUAAAUGAAAACAUUCAAUUAAAAGCAAACAUUAUUUAUGAAUUAAAAAAAGGGAGUUCUUAUUGGUUACUUUAUCCUUCUUUUUGAUAUUAUCAUGUUCAAUUUCAGUUGAAUUACUAAAUAUGAGUAUUCAUAGUUGAAUAAAAGUGUAUGUUAUAAAUAUUUACUUUUUAUAGUUUUAAAAACAAUAGAUUAGACUUUAAAUUGUUAUGAAGAAUGUUUUGAAAUAAUUAAUUUUCAACAGAACAAUAUAUAUAGUUGUUUUGUUAUUUAAAAAUAUUAUAUACAGUACUUUGUUCUCAGAGAAAGACAAAUAGGACAUUUACUUUUUGCACUUGAGUGACUAUGAUUAGUGUAAUGUAAUGCAUGUUACCAUAUCUAAAAAAUUGUUAAGAUGCAAUUGUACUGUAGACUACAUUCUAUUUUUCAUUCAUCAUUAUAAUUGCCUUUUUUUAGUAUUUACAAUAAUGGUUUUUGUUCAUCCAAAUAUUUAAUUCUAUUUCCUGUUUGAUAUAACAUGUAAUUAAAUUAUUUAUUAUUUCAUCAGACUCAAUAGAGCACCUUUAGAAAUUCAAAAAGGAGUUGUGGAACAUUGUGUCUAUAACCCAUGACCUGCAGUCCAUAAUAAAUUUAAUUCCAUCUUUCUCUAUAAACAAACUAUGGUAAAACAAAUCAUGACUUACAAUUUUCUGUGUAUGGUUGUAUCUUCACUCUAAAUAUAAUUUUUAUUUUCAUGAAUAAAUUAUAUAUUUAUACAAAUAUAG